UUCUUUUCCCGUGUGCCACCUUUUUUGGCAUGUUGGCAUGCCAUUGCAUCUUGUCUUGCUUUGCAUCGUUCCCGCUGGCGCAAGGUUCUUGCAAGUGCCUGCUCGUCAACCACCUACAGCUUUACGAACCCGCAAGGAUCCUGGGGGAAGAGAGGCGCGCGGUGAAGGGAAUGACGAUGUGGGCGAAGUGUCGCUGGAGGAGCCAGUUCAGGGACACAAUAAAAAGGGGGAUGGUUGAGAAAUGUGGAAGAAUGAGGGGGUUAACCGGAGGUUUGGAGGCAGUUCAAUUUAUCCGAGACGGUCAAGUGAGCUGUGUGCCGUACACUACUUGUGUGCGUGCACUCCUGGUGCUGUGCCGUGACUGCUUCACCUCGUGGGGGGGUUGGGAAUGAGUGCGUGUCUGUUUGUGUGCCCGUGUCUCCUCGUGUGAGACAGCAAAGGAUGGAGAGGUGGUUUUGCGGUUGGGGCUUUUUCUGAAUGCAUGCUCGUCUCCCACUAUCGUUCGCUUGUUCUCUUACACACUAUCGUUCUCUCUCUUCCUCUCCAGUUCUCAUUCCCUCCCUCACCGACUCCCUCACGUGUCACCUCCCUCCCUCACGUAUCACCUCCCUCCAUCACUUGUCACCUCCCCUCCUGGGUUGUAAUUCAUUGGUGCAUCAGUGUACAUGUGUCAUUUCUGCAUUUGCAUCCGUGCCGCUGAGACCUAUAUCAAGCACCCAGCCCACAUUGUUGGUGAGGGGAGUUUCACACUACACCUUCAGCCGUGUCCCUUCCAGCCAACUAACCACUCAAUCACUUCCAACCAACCACUCUCCAUUCGACUCCAUCACCAGUCACUCCCAUCUGCCGCCUUUCCCCAGCCUCACAGCUCUCUAUGCCGCAUGACAACCAUCUCGCUUGACCAUUUCACUCGACACAUAGAGAUACCUGCUCUUUGCCAGGUCCAAGGAGUGCUCAAGUCCAGCAGCCAGCUGUGUUGACAGCCAAGCUCCCGUCAGUGCCACUGACAGGUUAUCUGUUCAGUUCAGUCUCUUGUCUGACCUGGUCCUGGUCCUACAUGCAUUAGAAUUGACAUUUUUCCUAGAAUGUUCUCGUCGUUGAAUCUAGGGUGCAAAACCCCUUUUUGGACUAGACCAAGCAGCUUCAUCAUGUCAAAUUAUAUACUUAUAUAAUUAUUU